AUGUUCGAGAAAAAGGGAAACGGCACCAUCUCGUACGAUGAGGAGCUGGUCAUCUCCAUCAAUAGAAACUACAUCAGUCUGGGAGCAGACGACUUCAACGACAAGAUCGAUGUCGAGAAGUACGGCCAGACCAAACGUAAGUUGAAUUCUCGUCAUGUUUCGCUUAUGAUCAUUGGUCAGUCCAUCGGCACUGGCCUCUACGUGGGCUUGAAAGGACCUCUCAUGACCUCAGGUUCACUUUCUCUCUUUCUCGGCUUUUUAAUUUGGGCCGUCACCAUGAUCUGGCCCCUUAUGCUAGCUACUGGUGAGAUGUGCUCGUACUUGCCGGUAAAGGGCACCUUUUUGCAUUUUGCAUCCCGCUGGCUCGACCCAGCCUUGGGUUUUGCAACCACUUUGAUUUAUUUAUAUACCACGCUUAUGUUCAUUUGUGUGGAAUCCGUGGCGUUUGCGUCCGUGGCUGGCUACUGGACUGACGCAUCUCCAGCGAUUUUCAUUUCCAUCUGCUUGGCGACCAUUUUGUUCUUCAACGUCUUUGGUGUCAAUUGGUACGGCGAGGUGGAAUUCUUUGCAUCUUUGCUCAAAGUCAUUCUCAUUGUGGGCCUCAUGUUCUUUGGUCUCAUUACCAUGUGCGGAGGAAACCCAAAAGGUGAUGCUUACGGUUUUAGGAAUUGGCCCGAGGGUGGUUUGAUGAAAGACUACCUCGUAGCAGGCAGCACAGGCAAGUUUUUGGGUCUCUGGAACGUUUUGAUCUAUGCUGCUUUUGCAUGCGCCGGUCCAGACAUGUUGGGUAUGGUCUCUGGUGAGAUCUCUCAGCCUAGAAAGAAUAUCGCCAUGGCUGCGAAAAGAACAUAUGUCCGUAUCUUCUUGUUCUACGUUGGGGGUAUUUUCUUCAUGAAUUCAAUGUGCUCCUCAAUCAACCCAGAUCUUGUUGCUGCCCACGAAGCUGGUCAAGAUGGUGCAGCAGCUUCGCCUUGGGUUAUUGGAAUUAAAUCCGUCGGUGUUCAGGGGCUCGAUUCCGUGGUUAAUGCGGUUGUGAUGACAUCCGCCUGGUCCUGUGGAAAUGGUUUUACUUACGGCGCUGCCAGAAGUGCUUACUCUGCUGCUUUGGCGGGCUACUUGCCAAGGGGCUUCUCAUACUGUUUGAAAAACGGCUGUCCAAUCGUUGCAGUUGUCUUUUCUUUGUCCAUUGGCUGUCUUUCAUACAUGAGUGUUUCCAAGUCGUCCGCUGUCGUCUUAGACUGGUUCAUUAAUUUGGCAACAACAGGUCUUCUUUGCACUUACACGGUUAUGUGGGCAUGUUACUUCAAAUUCAAGAAAAUAGUCCAGGUUCAGCCCUGCGACCAUGCAGACGAGAAGUACUACAAGGUGACGAGAUGGAUGUACCCAUACUUGACAUAUUGGGCUGCUUUGUUCAACUUCUUAGUCCUCUUGUUUAACGGAUUUUGGAUUUUCUUCCCAGGUGAAUUCUCGGUUGCCAAUUUGUUCACCUCUUACUUUGCUCCUUUCUUCUUCUGCGUGCUCUACGUUGUUCGCAAAUUCUGGAAGAAGACAAAAUGGAGAUCGGCAUUGGAAGCGGACAUUACCACAGGAAAAGCAGAAAUUGAUGACGAAGAAGAUGCAGAAAAAGAGGAAUUGGCGCUUCACCCAAGAAAACAGGGCAUCUUAUGGAAAAUCUGGUAUAAGUUUGCCGACUUUUGCUUUAAUUAA